AUGGGGGUUUCUGGGGUCCAGCUGGUGCAGCUUCCGGACCCUCCAGCUGAGAGGGGCCGGAACCCGACACCCGGAGCUCAGCCAAACCGGACAGACUUCAUCAUGUCUGCUCAGCACGAGCUGGCACUAACAGCUUUAGAGGGACCGGACACGGACCGGAAACGGCACCUGAAGCAGAUCAGAGUCCUGAUGCUUAACGACAGCGAGAACCUAGAACGGACCCUGUUCAGGCUGGAACAAGGACAAAACACUGGGAAGGACACAGAUCCAACUUUAGCAAAGAGAACCCGGUUAGAGAGGAGUAAGGAUGGACACCCCAGCCCCCCACAGUCUCCAGAAACCAGAGAAAGACCUCAGACAACCACAGAGAGCCUCAAUCCGACCAGAGAGAGGCUCCAGACAACCACAGAAGAAGAAAAGAGCAGAGAGAGGCAGGAGUCAGGCGGAGGUGAGGGGGAAGGAUCCCCCGGUUACGUAGUUGAGAAAAUAUCUGCCUUUCUCCAGGACUCAGACCCAUACAUACUGGACAUCGAUCUGGAUUUCUUCUCCUGUAAAAACCCCUUCAAGGAGUUAUACACAGAG